GCCGCCGCUUCUCGCCGUCGCGCGAGCCGACGCGACGCGACGACGAGCGCCCGUCCGUCCGUCGAGAGCUUUAGUCCGCGUCCGCACGUCGACUGAAACACGCGACCUACGUCCACCCGGUCCACCCGGUGUAGUGUGCGCGGCUUCCCUCCUUCCUCUUGUCGUUCAAACUCGUCCUGAAGGAACGGCCAAUUCUACCGGAUCGGAUAACAAAAUGCUUCGCGAUCCUUUCUAAGUUAGAUGGAAGGGAGGAUGUUUCAAGCGCGUGGAAGGAAGAUUAAGACCGCCGGAAAUUCGGGAUGUAAUAUCCGGCGGCCCUAGUUACACGUAGUGUGCGCCAGUCGGCUUUCCUGCCUUCAAAGUUGCAGUAGCUUCAAUACAAACCGGAGUAACGAAGGACGCUCACUUUUGGAUUCGACGAUUUCGAUUUUGAUCGAAGAAUCAGCUCAACGAAGGUCUCUAGAGUGCUCGCUGCCAAACGCACCGACAAGUAGUACAAGACUCGUUGCCAAAUUUCUCUACGUGACAACUACCGCCGCCAUCACUUCAAAUUUGUUCCUCUUACAAAAGCUUUAGAAUGCGCUAACAAAGCCACGACGUAACUUCAUCACUACAAUUACCAGAUUUCUGACGAGAUUUUCGUAAGAAUCUCGUAAGGUUGAAAGUACAGAGGAGUUUACUUUGCGAGGAGGUGAAAAGGGACACAAUGAAGAGACUUGUCUUCAACGGGACGAAGUGAUCUUCGAAGAAACGAAGAAGCGAAGAGAAUUCGAAGCUUUGGGUCGGGCGAAUCGGGCCGGUGACGGGCCCGAUCGGUGUGAUGGUCUCGGGGUGGUGCCCGUGCGUGCCACUGGGGCGCCGGCAAUCGCCGGCCCAGCAGCAACAGCAACAGCAACAACAACCGCCGUCGUCGUCGUCCAGGGCGCCGUUCACCGUCAGCGGCGCGACCGAUCGCGCGGACAUGGUGCAGAUGUUCUACUAUGAGAACCGUGGCAAGUGUUGCAAGAAGCUGCUCAGAUACAAUGGAUAUCCGAAUAAGGUCCUUUUGUUCCCCGAGGAGGGCUGGGCGAGAAGCGCAAGUAGUUCCUACUGGACUCUGACGCCGUUCUGGUGGAGCCGGAGCCGGUGUAAGGUCGUCGAAGUCGCUGGAACAAGAAGGUAUAGUACUCAGGCGAAGAUGGUAGACACGGGUACGGGCACGCUUUAUAUUAUCGGUUCAUUCAAGAGGAUGACUACCGAUCCCGAUUUCAAGCUGUACCUGACGUCGAACGUCUCGUCGAGCGACUUCAACAUGGGCUACAGUAUGACGGGUACGUUGGAGCGCGGCUGCAAGAAGACCAACUCCUUCCAGAUGACCCACUUCGCGGUGAUACGGCGACGGGACUACGAGAAGGCGUACGAAGACCCGAAUCCCACCUAGUGUCCGUCCACACCCACGCUCUCCGAGUGUGGGGAUUGCGAGCAUUACACGUAGCUGGGGGAGCAAAGGGCCGCCAAGAGGAGCGAGAUGCAUUUCCGUGUGCGUUCGCAUUUGCGCUGGGGGGAGUGCAUCCGCCGCUCGAUGGAUCAUUGGGAAGGAAUCGCUACUUAGUGCGAGAUCGAUCACGAAAUCCCGAAGCUCCUGGCAGGUCGGCUCAACGAACGUAUCCUCGAAGAGAUAGCGUUCGAUCGCGGAUCACCUGUGAUCGAGAAUCUCUUAGAGAAAUAUAUGUGUACAACAUUAGACCGCUAAAUCCGCCUGUUUGCGUUUCUCGUUUAUUGCAAGCUUCUAAAAGGAGCGUUGAAGACAGAAAAUAAAUGUGCAUAGACAUCAUCAAGUGAAAAAUACGAAGGGAAAGUGGAAGUAAAUAAAGAGAUGGUAGAAGAAUAAAUAGAAAAAAAAGGCUAACAUCGCGAUUCUAUAUUGAAUUAUCUACAUUUCUCUUAAAAGACAUCAGGAUGAGAGAUAAUCAAGAUAAAGUGUGAAGAAGGAAACUUUAAUUCACAUAGAAUCAACAUUAGCUCGUGAUAAUAAGAGAUCAUGGAGAUGAAAGGUGGAAGAUCAAGAUAAAGGAUUUUAUAAAAAAAAAGGAAUGCCGAGAGUUUUAAUUCUUACAGGAUAAAUAUUUCUUUUACGAGAUUUCCCACAAAAUAAACUUAUGAUGGAUCUCUCGCAAUAAUUGACUUCUUUGAAGAUGUAUAGCAAUAUUUUUUUACUCCUAAAAUUACGCAUAUAACGGCAUAAUUUUUUCAUGUAUACCCGAACCGUGUGUUUUAAGGCUUAAUUAGCGCUCUAAUGAACUACACAACGUCUUUCUGUUACCUCAAAUUGUCAAGGUACAUCAUUUUCGCGCGUAAUGAAGUUCGAGAUCGGACGAGACCUGACAGCGACCUGAAAACGACAGCGACACUUCGAGAAGGUAAGAAUGGCCGAAAGCUCGUUAUUAUCGCGAAACAUAGAAACGAAAUACCAAAGUCGAGUGGCGGCCCUGCGCAACAGAGCCAAACGUCCAAAGAUAGUCCUUAAAUUAGAUCGAAUUAAUUAGCUCUUAAUGGAAAUCGUCGAGCGACGCGUAUACCUGUAAGGAAGUGUAUACAGAGGGCGACGUUGAUCGAGAGGAUGCGAAAACUGUUUUACCAAAGUACUAGCACGUAAGUUACUUGCAACUUUCUGCCGGCGAUAAUCCAAGAUCGCAACACACACUCCUUCAACCCACAAGGUACAUUGCUUCUCAUCGAUCGACGCAUCAAUGGCUGCCGCUGCCUCGUCGAAAUUAUAAUUAGUAAAUGAUUAACGACUAAAGCUUUUUCUCAAUGAAUCCACGGCGAAUGUCAGCUGUCUAGAGUAGUAUUAUAUGUGCCAAUUCUCAAAGCUAUCGUUGACGAGCACUGUACCUGACAAUUACUACAAAGUCAGAGCGUGCGAAUGCGCACGGUGAAAAGCCUGAGACGGACGAAACAAUGUUUUCCAACCCCAUUUCGCGGCCGGUCGAAAGUUUAAAAGGCGUUUAAAAGAGAUCUGUAUGGAACCUGGGAGGGAUUAACACAUUGAAAAAAAGAUUAAAAUGUCUUUCAGCUUUGUGCGACAUUGUUAAUCUCGUAAAAUGGCAUCAUCCGGCUUUUAUGCUUCAAUUCUUUUACGUGUUCACACAAAUAAAAAC